CGAAAAAGAAAAGAAAUUUAUCAUGAGUAGUAGUAGCCAUAGCCAUAACCACACUCAUCACAUUUCGACGACAACCACAACACCGUCAACAAAAGGCAACGGCAACACGCAGGCUUGCGCUGCGUGCAAAUACCAGCGCAGAAAGUGCGCCCCCGACUGCAUUCUAGCCCCUUACUUCCCCCACGACCGCCAGCGCCAGUUCCUCAACGCUCACAAGCUCUUUGGCGUCAGCAACAUCACGAAAAUCAUCAAACACCUUGACCAGCCCGACAAGGAUGAGGCCAUGCGCACCAUCAUCUUCCAGUCUGACGUUCGCGCCAACGAUCCCGUUGGCGGUUGUUACAGAAUCAUUCGCGAGAUGCAGCACUUGAUCGAGUACAACAAGGCUGAGCUCGACAUUAUUCUUCACCAGCUAGCCAUAUGCAGAGCUCAGGCACAACAAGUUCAUCAACAACAGCAUCAAAACCCUAUUCAAAUGCCGGAAAUCGGAGAUCAAAACACGUGCGAUCUAUUGAUUAACGGGGAUCCUUUGAGCUUGUGCGGCAACCCAAUGGGGCAUUUCCAUUACAUUCAACAACCUCAGCCUCCUCACCAUGCAGUUGCACUGCAGCAAGAACAACCGCAAGAACAACAACAACAACUGCCUUAUGUGUUUGUUCAAAACAACGCCAAUAGCAACAACAAUAGUGACAAUAAUAAUGGGGGCCCACAUGCACAUCCACAUCAUCAACAUUUGCAUGAAGAUGUGAGCAUAUGGGCCAUGCAGGAUUCUAUGUCUUCCUUGGAUAUCAAGCAAUGUGGUGGUGGGAUGAAUGGGAUUGCCAAUGGAUGUGAGGAUUUGAAGCCGUUCCUUGAUCAGAUGGGUUGUGGUGAUGAUCAUGACAGAAAUAAUGGGGAGGUGGUCGAUAUUAACGGUGAUCAUCAACACAGUGAGGAAGCAUUGUUAAGGGUACAUAGAGCGAGUUGAACAGAAGAAGGUGAGUCAGCAAGCUAACAAUGUGCACAUGGUCUAAAUAGAUGGUCUCUCUAGCGUUAUUCUUUAAAUAGACAUGAGAAUGCUCAAUUUCCCCCAAAAGAUUUUUCGUUUUGUAGAAUAUGACCAUAUCCGAUGCUUAAAGGUCAAACCCAAAUUUUAGGACCUUGUCUGACCGUCGCAAAUACUUGUAUGACUGUCGAAUAUACUUUCUAAACAACAUCAA